UCUAGUAUAUAUUCUAUUUUAUUAUAUAUAUAUAUAUAUAUAUAUAUUAGAUCAGCAACAUUGCCUGCUACCUUGAAACCUGCUACAGUAAAUUUUGACACAUUAGGGGAAAUUAAAAUUCUCUAAAAGAGUAUCAAAGUUGCGAGGUUAGGGUAGGUUAAAAGGGGUCGAGUAGCAUAUUCUAUCAUGUUUAGAUUAAACUUUUUAUUUAAUAUUAUUUUUUUAUUUUGUUUUUUCAUUUUAUUUACUUUAUGUUGGUUUUUCUUUUAUUUAGAUGCAUGGUCCCUUGUAAACCAGCGUUGCUGAAUGGUCUUCUAUGCGUAAAUGAUUGAAAAUGUAAAUCUAAAAAUGUAAAUGUAACUUUGUAACUAAAAGCGAAUUUGGACCUAAGUUCCUUUAUCCACUUUGUUUUUUCGCUAAUGACAUAUCCCCUCGUCCCUUUCGCCCUGAUUUUUCUACUUAAACAAAAUAAUUGCAUAGCAGAGUAGGAAGACAGCACAUGUUUCUGUACGGCAAAGAUCCUGUGUCUUGUCUGCUAUUAUCUUUACGUUUAUCUGUGAAAUAUAUCUUUUGGGGUCCACACAUCAGGAGCAUAUAUUCAUGGCCGUAAAAAAUAGACAAUUUCGGAUAUUUUAAUUCAAGGUACAGAAGGUUAUUCAUUUGAGAAGACUCCCAGCCAUUUACCACAGAGUUUUAUGGGGUUUUCAAGUCACAACGACGUUUUUCUCUUUUUUUGCAGUGGUAAUGGCGCCAGUGUCUCUUCAGUUCAAAUUGUGAAGCUAGGUUUGGCUGUCCUUGACAGGCUGCUUAUCAAGAAUAAGGAAGCAGAAAUGAGCCUUCUGGAAAGCAAAGUGUGCGACGCAUGGGCCUUACAUAACUCAAGCGAAAGUCAGUUUUUUCGGCCUUUCGAAUCUUCUUUUGUAUCUAACAUUGCGAAAUACAUCUACCACGAAGAUGACCCUAAACUUGCUACUCUCGCCAUGGUUGUUCUCCAGCGCAUAUGUUUUAUAAACUCUGUUUCCAUUAUCGCAUGCUUUGGUUCCGAUGCAUUUUCUCUUAGAAGAGCUAUUGUUUCCUGUUUGGAAAGCAAUACCAAGCCUGUUCGACUCAAAGUUGCCAUUCUAGAAUUCCUGACAUGUGCUGUUGAUAAGCAGCCGGGCUUGCUAGAACUUUUUAUAAAUCACCAACUUCAAACUGGCGAAGAGUCUUUAAAGUCGAAGAAAACAUUUGGAAAACCAAGCUGUUUGCCUGCUGUUCUUAAUUAUCUUGCUGUAAAGGUACGUAUCUUGGUCUUUCAUUUUGAAACACAUACCACCGAUACCCUGCUAUUACCCUGCUUAAUGGCAACCCCCCCUUCUUUGAGCGUCCGUGGAUAAAGCUGC